AACUCGCCCUACAACCCUUCCUUGAUCUUCCGCCGCGAAGUUUGAAGCGCGAAACGCCAUGUCUGGCUCUCAGUCAAUGCACGUCCGCUUCCCUUCCACGUUGCCCUCGCCACCCAAAGAGGGCCGCCCACGGCGCGUCGUGUACCCCAAACUUGCCCAAGCCAAGGGGGUUUCGGACCGUUGCGCCUUCACGGACCUCUUUUGGGGCCCCAAACCCCUCUCCGCAGUGGCUGCGGACGCUACACCGAUCGACGAGGUCCGAACUCCCCACUUGGCCGUGAUGGGUCAGUCGAAUCAGGAUAACAGGUCCAUGUCGUCCUACUUCCCAGAGUUCCACUCGAGCUCAUAGUCGUAGUGGAGAGAAGAGGUUGACGCUGCCCGAUGAUGUGGAAGGUUGGAAACAUGACACUGGACAAUUCUAAACGAUCCCUUACGACCUUUACAAUACCACACGGACAAGUUCAAUGAUGACUUUAAUAAUACAUAUACCUGUUGUUGUAAUGACACGCUGAUUAACUGAAACUCGUCGAAGUGAUAACACCACUGAGCCCUUACAGAAUGACAGAGGUAUCUGAUUGCCCAUCAGUCCCUCUCAGCGACCAAGCCACCACGCCCUCGCUUGAUCCUCUCUUCCAAGCCACCCUGACCGCCAAAUACCCUCUUCUGCUCUGAACUGAGGAAACCAGCCAUGCCCUUCGACUUCGAGCGUAGCCUUUCCUCUGCUUCUGCCUCCGCUUUCUCCUGUUCCAGAAGAGUGGUGAGCCGUUCCUUGCGCUCGACUGUCAUGCUCUGCGCGUUCGAAGACAUUGCUGCCAGACGAGCUGCGCGUUCCUCGGCAGAGUAGCCCGAUCUUGAUGAUUCAGCAGGGCGAGAGUCUCGGGACGGAGGGGGAGUCCUCCUCGACCUCUUAUAAUCAGGACGGUCGUGGCGGGGAGGGCUACGGCUACGGCUGCGCCCCCGUUUCCGGUCAUCUGGCCGACGCUCGUAACUCCGGUCCCGACGAGAAUGGUGGCCAUUGUCAUCCGAUUCAUCUGAGCGCGGCCAAGUACGGAUGCGAUCCUCGCGACCCGUCUCAUAGCUUGGACUAGGCCGACGAUGGCGAUCGUCGGGGCUGCGACUGCGGCCCCGGUACUCGUCGCUGUAACGCCGCUUGGGAGGCGGAGAACGGGAACGUCGGCUG